CACACUGAGAAGCCUAUUGACGGACUCACUGGAUGUGUUGCUAUGCAUGUGCAUGGGUUACACUCUGCAAAUGCUACAUUGGCAGUCAGGCAUGGUAUGCAUGAUGCUUGAGCAUGGCAUAUAUAUUGGCGCUGUAAAAAUGGAUAGAUUAGUUGAUAACGAUAACGGACUAACCCAUCAUGGAUAA